GUAGUAUGUACCCCAAACCCACGUGGUUAACCAAAACAUCAUGGCGGCUGGGUUCAAGACUGCUGAGCCCCUGGAGUACCACAGGAGCUUUCUGAAAGAAAACUGUCGACCUGAUGGACGGGAGCUGUCAGAAUUCAGACCCACAACAGUGAACAUAGGGUCCAUAUCCACAGCAGAUGGCUCGGCCCUGGUGAAGGUUGGAAACACCACGGUCAUCUGUGGGAUCAAAGCGGAGCUGACAAACCCUACAGUGGAGGCACCUGGUAAAGGUUAUAUCGUGCCCAACGUGGACCUGCCGCCUCUGUGUUCCUCUCGGUUUCGGCCAGGCCCUCCUGGAGAACAGGCACAGGCUGCCAGCCAGUUUGUCGCCGAUGUAAUCGAAAGCUCUGAAGUGAUACAAACAGAGGACUUGUGCGUUGACAGAGGAAAGCUCUGCUGGGUGCUCUACUGUGACAUGAUAUGUCUGGACUAUGAUGGGAACCUGUUGGAUGCUUGUAUCAUUGCCCUGCUGGCUGCCCUGAAGAACACACAACUCCCAGAGGUCACCGUCAGCACGGAGAUGUGUACACCAGAGGUGAAUUUAGAAAAGAGACGAGGGCUGCAUAUCCACAAACAUCCAGUCGGCGCCUCUUUUUGUGUCUUCGAUGACUCCAUAAUGAUUGUAGACCCCACAGCCGAGGAGGAGAGUCUGUCGACCGCUCCGCUCACUGUGGUGACAGAUGAGGAAGAUAGGCUCUGCGCUGUACACAAACCAGGUGGGACAUCACUGUCGGGAGAGAAGCUGCAGGAGUGCAUCAGCAGAGCAAGAGUGCGACAGAGAGAGAUCCAGAAACUCGUUAACAAAGUAAUACAUAGUGUGAAGACAGGAAAAUAAAGAGCCUCAAACAUUGCUUUUUUAUCUAAAAGCUGUAUUUUCCACUGUCAAUAUAUAUUCUUUUUUUAAUAACAAUAAAACUGCUGACAAAGA